GAAACGAUAGAUCGUCUAACCAUCCGGUAAAAUGACUUCGAACAUUUAUCGGUCGCUAAUAUCGGAACUACGACUGGCCAGUCCAAAUGGUGUUAUGAACAAGGACUCUUUGGUGUUCAAGUACAUUGCGUCGCAGUUUCGUAAAUACAAGACGACCGAUCAGCAGCUGUGCAAAGCAAGAGAAGAAAUGCAGUUCUUGGGCAUCACUUACCGUUGCUACUUGAAAAGUUUGAGAAAGCAGGAAGAAAUUCAGAAGCAUUUCAAAGGAAGCGGCGAAAGAACAGUCAAAGCUACCGCCGACAUGGUCGGAUUCAAAUUACCGCAUGAUCCAAAGUAAACGAGCGAAUAAAUACGCGUUGACUGAAUGAAAA